GGCCAUGAAACAGUCGUUCAGUUUUUAUCGUCUAGUUCAUUUCACUGAGAUUGCCACACUAACCAGUCUGUUGUUAGUUGCGCUAAUUCUAUUCACGCUCCUUCAUCCGCGCAAUACUAUUGGCAGCCAUUCGUGUUUGUCGUUUAUUUCGACUUGCGGAUGCCAAACAGAUGAGAGAGGUCCCAAUCAGAAUGUCAUUUCCUUUUCACUUUUCGGCAACUUAUCCGAGCCGUCUCUUUCCGUCCGGUACGUCCAACCGUUAAAAGCCCUAACGGCUAACAUUAGUCGCAUUUAUCCAGACUGGAUCGUCCGGAUUUACCACAAUUUUUCAAAGGAGAGUGGAGAAGAUUGGUUGUUAAGAAAAAUGCUGGACAAUCCGGCAAACGUCGAUUUAUGCGACAGUGAUGACGUCCUCCGUUUCCAUCAAAUCCAGCAUAACGUAUUCCCUAUGAUUUGGCGCUUCCUUCCAUUACUGGACCCGUUGGUGGAUCGAUUCAUGUCACGCGAUACGGAUGCGGAGUUGAUAAGUAGAGAAACGGACGCCGUUCGUGAAUGGCUCGCAAGUGGCGCAACGUUUCACGCAAUGAGAGACCAUCCGUGGCAUUGCAGCAUGGAAAUGCUCGGAGGACUUUGGGGAGCUAAAGUCCAGCAAAGACGUGACGACAUCAGCCGGGCCAUCGUGAAACUUUUCAACAGACGAAUGCCGUUUUUUCACGGUGUCGAUCAAUUGCUACUUAAAUUUUACCUUUGGCCUUUAGCUAUUAAGGAUUCGGUGAUUCACGACAGUCAUUGCUGUGAAUUAUUCCCGUCUUCUCGGCCGUUUCCGUCUAAACGACAGGAGUCCUCGUUGUUUGUUGGCUCCGUUUAUUCUAAUCAAAGUGUUCCAUCUCCUGGAAUUUGCCCGAUUAAAUGCCGGCCUGAAGGGCAUCCAGAUUGGACUGAAUGCUGACUGCUGC